UGGCAAUAGCGUUGUUGGCGAAGAAUUGUUACAAGGACUUGCGUGAAGAAUCCGAUGAUGAUUUGAAUGCUGUGAACGCUCUAUUUCAACGUUUGAAGACUCCUUUUUGGGAACUCGACCGUAACUUCUCCGCCUUGACUGCGGUGUCAAGCUCAAAAAUGAAAUUAUAUGCAACUGUAGCCUUGAGAACCACACGAUUUGCAGAGUGA